AUGGAUCUUGUCGCAGGUGUUCGCAAAGAAGGCAGCCGCGGCGGCCGCGGCGAGUUUAAAUGGUCUGAGGUGAAGGACUCGGCACAUCGCGAGAAUUACCUCGGCCAUUCUCUUAUGGCCCCCGUUGGUCGCUGGCAACAAGGUCGUGAUCUACAAUGGUAUGCCAAGGGCGAGACAACCGCGGAAGAGCAGGCUCGAAGAGAUCGUGAGGAGGUACAACGGGUCAAACAAGCGGAGGAAGAAGCCAUGGCACGAGCCUUGGGCCUACCCCUACCAGCGUCGAGUGGGAAUGCCAAUGCAAACCUUACACCUCUAGGCGAAAGGGAGACGGAGACCGCGGUCCAGGAUCCAGCUGAUAGGAAGAGAGAACGGAGAAAGAAAGAGACAGAGACAGAGACCACAGACACCACAGACACCACGAAGAGCGCGAACGUCAUCAUCGAAGCCACCGUCACCGAUCGAGAUCCCGGUCUCGUGAUCGCGAACGCCGGAGGAGGCGAACAAGUUCGCGGUCCACGAGCAGAGUAA